UCUUGAUUUUUUUCUAGUGUUUUAUACCAUAUGUUGUUUUUUGUUCAUUAAUUGUCGCUCGAAUAGACAUUCGAGUUGGAAUUGUUCUUCGUGUCUUUACUUAUGCUCGAUUAAUAAAUCAUCAUACAAGUUCACUAGGAAAGAAAAUCAGGCCGACAACUUAAAUCGUGUUAAAUUAGUAAAAUUACCAUACAAAGAUUGAUUCUUUAUAAAGAUAAUGUUGGUUAUUGGCUUUCACAAAGAAGAAAAAUUUCUCUCUCUAAAGGUCAGUUUCAAACACACUUCACUAGACUAGCAGCCUUAGACCCUCUGCUUCUAAUGAUUACUACUAUUUCCUCUCAGUUUUCUUCUUUUUCUUUUCCUCUGUUUUUCUGGGUUUAACUUUUUUUUUUUUUUUUUUUGCUUUCUCUAAUAAGUUUAAUAUUUUUGGUAGAGUUGUAUUUAAAAACCAAUAUUUUUUAGUACAACAUUUUUAAUGGGUUUCCAUGAAAAUUCGUGUCCUAUGAAUAUUCUCUUCCAAAUCUAAUUCCAAUAUAAAAAAAUUUAUACAAUAAAGUACUCAUUUAUAUGUAUAAAAACUGCAAAAUCCUUGUAUUAAAAACCUGCACAUUAUCAGUGAAACAACUUUGUUGGUAAGAGAGAUUGUUUGUCCACAUGAAAAAAGUGUGGGAGAUGCUGAUUGUCCACCCUAUGUUUUGUGCAUUUUUUGCAGGGCUUCAAUUUCAAUCUCAACAACAAAAAAGGGGGGUUUUUCUUUUCUGUAACCCUAAUUUAAUUUUUUAAUUUCUGGGUUAUUUUCCUUUUAAUUUGGGGGUAAUUAAUGAAAAAGGCGGUGUAAUCUUUGAAGCAAGUGGAGGAGAGAGAAAAUAAUGUUAUGGGUAUGUAAAAAUGUUACAUUGGGUUCCCAAAUUAUGUCCGGGCUCAGUGCACUGUGCUGUUGAUUGGUGGGUGCUGUUUAAUUCUGGGUAAAGAUGAAGUUUAUGAAGCUUGGAUCUAAACCUGAUUCAUUUCAGACUGAUGGUGAUAAUAUCAGGUAUGUGGCAACUGAGCUGUCAACCGACAUAGUUGUCAAUGUUGUGGACGUCAAAUUCUAUUUACAUAAGUUUCCCCUACUGUCCAAGAGUGCUCGUUUGCAAAAGCUUGUUGCAAUGGCAAGUCAAGAAAGUCAGGACGAAAUAUUCAUCGAGGAUAUCCCUGGGGGACCUGCUGCCUUCGAAAUAUGUGCAAAAUACUGUUAUGGGAUGACUGUCACACUAAACGCCUACAAUGUGGUUGCAGCUCGAUGUGCAGCUGAAUUUCUCGAAAUGUACGAUACAGUUGAGAAAGGCAACCUCAUUUACAAAAUUGAUGUCUUUCUCAACUCUAGUAUCUUCCGAGGUUGGAAAGACUCCAUCAUCGUUCUCCAAACAACUAAGUCUCUACUUCCAUGGUCUGAAGAGCUCAAAAUAGUUAGCCACUGCCUCGAUGCAAUAGCUUCUAAAGCAUCCAUGGAUACUUCCAAAGUUGAGUGGUCGUACACCUAUAACAGGAAGAAGAACCCAUUGGAGAACGGAGGGGAACAACAUUACAAUGGUGUGAGGAAACAGCUUACAGUUCCUAAAGACUGGUGGGUAGAAGACUUAUCUGACCUUGACAUGGAUCUGUAUAAGCGGGUAAUAAUUACAAUUAAGGCAAAAGGAAGGGUUUCAAGUGAUGUCAUCGGUGAAGCCUUGAAAACUUAUGCAUUGAGAAAGUUGCCUGGUUUCAGUAAGGGUUUGGUUCAAGGUGGUGAUAUGCAGAAGAACCAAUCAUUAGUUGAGACUAUAGUUAGACUUCUUCCAAAAGACAAAGGCAGUGUCUCUUCUAGUUUUAUGCUUCGAUUGUUGAGAGCAUCAAUGUCUUUAGGUUGUGGAGAAAUGGUUAGGAUGGAGUUGCUGUGGAGAAUUGGGUUACAGUUGGAUGAGGCUUCAGUGGCAGAUUUGUUGAUCCGAGCUCCGCCUGGUGAAACUACUGUUUAUGACAUUGAUUUGGUGGAGAAUCUGGUUAAGGAAUUUGUGAUGCAGGAUCGUGUUGUUCAGAGUAAUUCUCAUAGUGAGAUAGAUUUUCAGGAGCUUAAGAAGCCUGUGGCCAUAUCAGAUGCUUCCAAGGGAAUGGUUGCUAAGCUAGUUGACAGCUACCUGGCCGAAGUUUCAAGAGACCCCAAUCUACCACUGUCUAAAUUCAUUGGUAUAUCAGAGCUUGUUUCGGGAUUUCCAAGAUCAACCCAUGAUGGGAUUUACCGUGCUAUUGAUAUGUACUUGAAGGAACAUCCCGCUAUAAGUAAGAGUGAGAGGAAGAAAAUAUGCAAACUGAUGGAUUGCAGAAAGCUCUCAGUAGAGGCCUGUGCACACGCUGUGCAAAACGAACGCCUUCCCUUGCGAGUUGUAGUUCAGGUACUCUUCUUUGAGCAAGCACGAGCCACAUCAUCGUCCCCAGGAAAUCGGACCCCAGACUUGCAGCGUCCUGCCCGAGCAUCCCUUCCUGGUGGAUCACACGGAAGCUCAAGGUCUGCAACCACAAAUACGGAGGAUGACUGGGAUGGGGUCCCCACGACAGAGGAGCUGAGGGCUCUGAAAGGUGAAAUAGCCAACCUUAGACUAGGGGGUGGUGAAGGGACUAGCGGUGAUGGCCCUAAGAAUGAUAUCGAGAAAGCUGCUGCCAACAAGGUCAGAGGCUUGCUAAUGUCAAAGAGGCUAUUCUCAAAACUGUGGUCCAGCAAAGAGAAAGACGGAGAGAACAGUAGUUCUGAUACCUCUGAAAGCCCUGCAUCGACGAAUAAUGCUGAAGAAACUAGAUCUACCCCUACCAGAAAUAGGAGGCAUUCACAACCUUAAUCACAAUCUUGUUCAAGGUUUAUAGUCAAGAGAAUAACGGUGCAUUUUAGUGUGCCCCAACAACGUAAAAUUAGCUCACUUUUUUUAUUUCCUAUGUAGGAAUAGGUAGGUCGACUGACAAAUUCUAUCUCGCCAUGUACAAUUCCAAUGGACCAAAGUGUUAAGAGGUUACCCCUCUGGUUCGUCGGUAUAGGAGCUAAGGCUCGAUGCAAGUGUCAAGGUAUUCGAGUUUAGGUAAUGUGUCAGUUUUAGGUUCUAACACGAGAUUUUUCCCUAUAUAUGAAAGCGGAAAUGUAUUUCCCUUCUAUCAGUUUGUUUUUUUGUUGGCUACUUUAAGCAACAAAUGAAAUCUUAUUGUAGAUGCUGAAAUUUAGAUAGUUUAGGAUGACUGAGCUGUAAUAGUAGUAAAAUGUUCGCUACUCAAUCACUCGUAUAUCAUAUGGAGCCGCUGUUACAAGA